AUGGGGAAGCCAGCGCCCGCAAAGCCGGCAAAGCCUGCAGCACCUGCAAAGGCUGCAGCUCCAGGAGGAGCAGAACAACCAGGAACUGGAGGUCUGUAUACAGCACAGUCAUAUGGGAUGAGGUGUCUCUUAAAGCAGCGGAAUGCACGGGAAAGGGAAGUUGAUGGGGAGACAGGUAGAAAGUGGAACCAGACAUGUUGUGCCAUAGAAACCCCAGGAUUCAGCCCACUCUUGGCUGCUGGCUGUGGUGAUCCUUUACUGUGUGCAGUCCAGAAUGGCUCUACCAUUAGGCAGAAUGAGGCAGUUGACUCAGAUCAAAGGGAACUUAAAAAAAGGAUGGAGUUUCAAAUGGCAAUGGAUAUGAUUCGGACCUUUGUUGUUGGGCUUGAUACAAUCCAUGAAGACAAGGAUGACUUCGGAAUACUUGCUGUGGCUCAAAACAAAUCAGAGGAAAUGCGGUAUCUUGCCAACAAAAAUGAUGAACUGCAAAAAGAAAUUGUCCAAUGCUGUAAAGAAAAAUAUUGCAUAGGAACCUGGAAUGUAAGAACCAUGAACCUGGGUAAGUUGGAGGUGGUCAAAAAUGAGAUGGCAAGAAUAAAUAUUGACAUCCUGGGCAUCAGUGAACUAAAAUGGAUGGGAAUGGGUGAAUUCAGUUCGGAUGACCAUCACAUCUACUACUGUGGGCAAGAAACCCGUAAAAGAAAUGGAGUGGCCCUCAUAGUCAACAAAAGAGUGGUGAAAGCUGUACUGGGAUGCAAUCUCAAAAAUGAUAGAAUGAUCUCGAUACGAAUCCAAGGCAAACCUUUUAACAUCACAGUAAUCCAAGUUUAUGCACCAACUACUGGUGCUGAAGAAACUGAAAUUGACCAAUUCUAUGAAGACUUACAACACCUUAUAAAAGUGACACCAAAGAAGGAUUUUCUUCUCAUUAUAGGGGAUUGGAAUGCUAAAGUAGGGAGGCAAGAGAUAAAAGGAACAACUGGCAAGUUUGGCCUUGGAGAUCAAAACGAAGCAGGGCAAAGGCUAAUAGAGUUCUGUCAAGAGAACAAGCUGGUCAUCACAAACACGCUUUUCCAACAACACAAGAGACGACUCUACACAGGGACAUCACCAGAUGGGCAGCAUCGAAAUCAGAUUGAUUAUAUUCUCUGCAGCCAAAGAUGGAGAAGCUCUAUACAGUCAGCAAAAACAAGACCUGGAGCUGACUGUGGCUCAGAUCAUCAGCUUCUUAUAGCAAAAUUCAAGCUUAAACUGAAGAAAGUAGGAAAAACCACUGGGCCAGUAAGAUACAAUCUAAGUCAAAUCCCUUAUGAAUACACAGUGGAAGUGACGAACAGGUUUAAGGAUUUCGAUUUGGUGGACAGAGUGCCUGAAGAACUAUGGAUGGAGGCUCGUAACAUUGUACAGGAGGCAGCAACGAAAACCAUCCCAAUGAAAAGGAAAUGCAAGAAAGCAAAGUGGCUGUCCAACGAGGCCUUACAAAUAGCGGAGGAGAGAAGGCAAGCAAAAUGCGAGGGAGAUAGUGAAAGAUACAGGAAAUUGAAUGCAGAUUUCCAAAGAAUAGCAAGGAGAGACAAGAAGGCCUUCUUAAACGAGCAAUGCAAACAAAUAGAGGAAAACAACAGAAUGGGAAGAACCAGAGAUCUGUUCAAGAAAAUUGGAGAUAUGAAAGGAACAUUUCGUACAAAGAUUACCAUAAUAAAGGACAAAAGUGGUAAGGACCUAACAGAAGCAGAAGACAUCAAGAAGAGGUGGCAAGAAUACACAGAGGAAUUAUACCAGAAAGAUAUGGAUGUCUGGUACACCCCAGGUAGUGUGGUUGCUGACCUUGAGCCAGACAUCCUGGAAAGUGAAGUCAAAUGGGCCUUAGAAAGCACUGCAAAUAACAAGGCCAGUGGAAGUGAUGGUAUUCCAGCUGAACUAUUUAAAAUUUUAAAAGAUGAUGCUGUUAAGGUGCUACACUCAAUAUGCCAGCAAAUUUGGAAAACUCAGCAGUGGCCAGAAGAUCGGAGAAGAUCAGUCUACAUCCCAAUCCCAAAGAAGGGCAGUGCCAAAGAAUGCUCCAACUACUGCACAAUUGCACUCAUUUCACACGCUAGCAAGGUUAUGCUUAAAAUUCUACAAGGAAGGCUCAAGCAGUAUGUGGAUCGGGAGUACUGGAAAAAAGAUGAGCCUAAAAACGAAAACAGAAACCACUGUGCUGCAAUAGGCCUUGAUUGCGAUAAGGAUUGCUGGAUAGCAUUACACUGUGAGCAACGCAUAGGGUACAUUUGUAAGAAGGUGCCUAGUGAUGCUUGGCUCUAA